UUAUAUGAAAACUUCAUGUGACUCAGGAUUUGUCAACAAUGACAUUAUAGAUUUAUGUGUCCAAGAGUCGAGGAGAGUAGACACUAAAAUACCAGUCACAGACUUAGCCAGUGGUAACAUUUUCAGAAAUAUAUACUGUGCAAUAUGUAACAAUGCGACAGAGCUUCACUUCUGGAACAUGAGCCUUCAUUGUGAUGUCAGAAAAUACCAAAACAUUUCAAUUUUCGAUGCUGACAUGUUUGACCCAUACCCGAAUCAAGACUGUGCAUUUGAGUAUACACCCAACCAUAUGGAUGAGAUUGAUGUCCGAGAGUGCAUGAUGGCCAUUUCAGAUUGUGACAAUUGUGAGGAGAAUAAGUUGGCCCUAUGUAAAACCUAUGGAUUGGAGCUAGUGGUUGAUCCUCAAACUGGCCUGGUGUACCAUAACAAGUACUGCAUGAACACAUCACAAGUGGCCCCUCUCAAGUUAUGUGAUCAGAUAGAACAGUCCAAAACUGUUCAGGACAUUGAAUGGUAUGACAUCAAUGUGGUGAGUGAAGGGAAUGGUAGUAUGUUACUCUCUGUGGCUAUUCAAGGUGUCUCAACACAUGGUGAUGAAGAUCAGAUGAUGUUUCAGUGCUCCUUAGCUGAGCAGGGUGAAUUUGUUUCAUGUCCCUCUAGGUAUGAUCUUGUAGAUGGUGAAUGUGUUACUGAUGGUGCCUUGUUCCUUUUCAAUAUUACCUCAGUUAUUUACAGGCUUGUUCCUGGUGUGCUCAUCAGUCUAGAUAGCUAUAAUGCUAGGCUCGUAGACAUCCUCCAGCAAUUUCUUACUCUCGUUGGCAACAUGAAUAUUAUCACAGAGCAAUCCAUCUGGAAUUUUUCCCCAUUUAAACUUGAACAGAAGAAUGUGAUUCAUGUUUAUUUCCCAGCUUAUACAUCAGCUGAUGCUAUAGUGAAAGCAUUUGAAACAGUCACUGAUAACAUAUUUGGUCUCCAGUCUGGUAACACUUCUACGACUAAACUGAGUAUUAGCUACAUGUUUAUCUAUGGGGUGUAUGGGGUGUCGAAUGUGACUGAGCCAGAAGGCUGGACGAGCGACAGUAUACGUGGUCUUGUCACUCUCACUUGUCUCCUUAUAUCGUCUGCUUUGCUUAUUGUUCGCAUUAUUCUUCAGUCCUUCAUCCGCGUCUUUCACAAUCAUCAUGGUAAGGUGCAAUGUUGUCUGACAGGCUCUAUACUUGCUGCAAAUGUUUCCUUUCUGAUGCGUGGUGUUUACCUAGUCACAAGUGUACCCUGGGUAUGCACUGCUAUGGCUAUCAUCACCCACUGGUUCUACCUUCAUAUGUUUACCUGGAUGCAGGUAGCAACUUAUGAUAUCUACACCAAAUUCAGCAAGUCUUUUGCCAAUCUGGUUAUCCAGAAGCAAGACUUGGGCUACUUGGGUGUUCUUUAUGCUAUCACUAUUCCAUCUAUCAUUGUUAUAACUGCAGUGAUUGUUGAUUUUGUUCUGCCUGAAGACAAUCCCUUCACUCCUAAUUAUGGCUCUGAGGUCUGCUGGAUAUCCCAACAGUAUGCCUUGCUCACCUUCUUCAUUGCUCCCAUGGCUAUCAUCCUCAUCGGUAACGCAGCUAUGUUCUUUGUUACUGUCCAAGCGAUCUUUCGCAAUGGCAACAACCUUCUCACCCCUAAUAUACAGCAGCGCAAAGCUCACAUGAUUGGUGUGUAUCUACGUCCUUUAACAAUGGUUGGAUUGACAUGGUUCAUUGGUUUAUUAGCCAAUGUUAUCUCUGUAGACCCAGUGUGGUACCUCUAUAUUGUCUUGAAUGCCCUCCAAGGGGCUUUCCUUGUCAUGUCAGCUCUCUGCUCCAGGCGUGUUUUUGACAGCAACUCAAAGUCCAAGAGACACAAGACCACAAACUUUCCCUCUUCAAGUACAAGUCAGCUUUCUAUAUUCUCAUUCAAAUUGUAGAACUGAAUAACCCAGAUGCGAGUAGAAAUAAUCUUGAUUUACGUCAUUAAAAAUUCAAAACUCAGUCAAAGUAAUAUCAUAUUUAAAAUCUACAUGUAAAAUUACAUCUAGAAAUGUGGUUUUAAAAAGUGUUUAUCAACUUUGAAAAAUUAAUUUUCUUUGAAAAUGUGACUUCUAGCUCGGGGAGAUUCCCCAUAGACCCCAUGCUAUAAAAUCACAAAAAAUGAAAUAUCUUUUCUUUUAGUGGACAGAUAAUAUUUUGCUUUACUGGACAUAUUUUCAUUAGUAUAAGUAUCAGACACAUAAGGGUUAUAUUAAAAUUAAGCCACUUAAAUUGAUAAUAUUCAAGCUUAAGGGAACUUUCUUAUAUACCUGCCAUGUUAAUUGACCCGAAUCAGCCACCUGGUGGUGAAACUGGUAACUACCUACUCGCAUUUGGGUAAUUAUGACCAGGGGCUUAGCCAAAAGAUCUAAAAUUAGGAAAGUCAAAUAUUAAUAGGUAGGGAAAAUUUAAGCUAAAUGAGGUAUACUACUUAACACCCUUUGAGCUCAUUUUUCAGUUUUAAUGGAAAACGACAUCUGAAAAAUAUAUAUUUAUGUAAAUCUUUUCUGAGAAAGUGUCCUGAUACUGAAUAUCCAGCAGGCCUCAGAACCAUAUUUAGGAGAAAAUAAGAACAUUUUAUGAUUUAAUGUUAAAGGCAUACUUGAAAUGGUCUUUUCAAAUUAAAGAUGGAGAUUGUGUUGGUUGACAUAUAAAAACUAUCAAGCAGUAUAUGGAAUGUAGAAUUUAUGAUAAUGUUUUACUCGCUAUAUUAAGUGAUAGCUAUUAUAUCGCUUGACAUACAAAGAUAUUUUUAUAAAGCUGUUGUAGAUAAUGAGAAAGAAUUGCUUGACAUGUGAAAAUGAUGAUUAUUUUGAUAUCAGGCUAUUUUAGAGAUUUUAUGUUGAUAAGCAAACAAUGCCCAACAUGUAUUUUGGUAAUGCCACAGAGUAAAUGCUUGAAGACAUGAAUAGAACAUUGCUUGGUAUUGUUUUAGAGAUUUUAUGUUGAUGAGUAAAAAUUGCUCAACAUGUUUUGUGAUAAUUUUAGAGAGUAAAUGCUUGAUGAUACAAAGAGAGAACAAUUUGCUUGGCAUUGUUUUAUAGAUUUUAUGUUGAUAAGCAAAAAUUGCUCAACAUGUAUUGGGAUAAAUUUAGAGAGUAAAUGCUUGAUGAUACAGAGAGAACAUUGCUUGGUAUUGUUUUAGAGAUUUUAUGUUGACAAGUGAAAAUUGCUCAACAUGUAUUGUGAUAAUGUCACAGAGUAAAUGCUUGAUGAUACAGAGAGAACAUUGCUUGGUAUUGUUUUAGAGAUUUUAUGUUGAAAAGCAAAAAUUGCUCAACAUGUAUUGUGAUAAUUUUAGAGAGUAAAUGCUUGAUGAUACAGAGAGAACAUUGCUUGGUAUUGUUUUAGAGAUUUUAUGUUGAAAAGCAAAUAUUGCUCCACAUGUAUUGUGAUAAUUUUAGAGAGUAAAUGCUUGAUGAUACAGAGAGAACAUUGCUUGGUAUUGUUUUAGAGAUUUUAUGUUGACAAAUGAAAAUUGCUCAACAUGUAUUGUGAUAACUUUAGAGAGUAAAUGCUUGAUGAUACAGAGAGAACAUUGCUUGGUAUUGUUUAAAAGAUUUCAUGUUGAUAAGUGAAAAUUGCUUAACAUGUAUUGGGAUAAUGUCACAGAGUAAACGCUUGAUGAUACAGAGAGAACAUUGCUUGGUAUUGUUUUAGAGAUUUUAUGUUGAAAAGCAAAAAUUGCUCAACAUGUAUUGUGAUAAUUUUAGAGAGUAAAUGCUUGAUGAUACAGAGAAAACAUUGCUUGGAAUUGUUUUAGAGAUUUUAUGUUGAAAAGCAAAAAUUAUGUAUUGUGAUAAUGCCACAGAGUAAAUGCUUGAAGAUACAGAGAGAACAUUGCUCGGUAUUGUUUUAGAGAUUUUGUGUUGAUAAGUAAAUAUUGCUCAACAUGGCGUGUUGUGAAAAUGCCACAGAGUAAAUGGUAAUUGAUGAUACAGAGAGAGAGAGAGAGCAUUGCUUGGCAUGUACAUACAGUGUAUUAUGAAAGUGGUGUAAGGUUAUUUUAUCUGUUUUGAAAUAUUGCUGGACAAUAUAUUAUAAUGGUAGUACAUGUAUGUUGUUUUAGUUAUUUCAUGUUAAUGAGCAAGUAUAGUUUUGCUAAAAAUGUAGAUACAGUAGAACCUGUAAUCCGAACACCUGUCUUUGACCACCUCUCAAUGUAAACACUUCUUCUUGUUCUCAAUUUUGUAAUUCCUCAUUAAGUUGCACAGUAAGAACAUUGAUGUGUUAAUGUCUUAACUUAAAUAUACUAUAGAUUUGUUUGAUUUUUAUCAUGAAUAGUAUAUAUAGACAUGUAAAACACAUUCCAAGAGAUUUUGGCAACAUCUGUCACCAUGGCAAUGAAUUAAUGGACUUAAAACAUUUUAGCAUGUUUGUAACAUACAAGGUGAUCGAAUAAAAAAGUAACCCACUUUUCACCUUUUUGCUUCGGGGUAGUGUUCAUUCAUCCAAUGUCUUAGAACAAAUUAUUUGUACAAAUCAUGAUAUAUAGUGGCAUAUAUUACAAGCCAAUUUAAUGAAAAUGAUAGAUGUGUUAUAGUUUGUUAGAUGUUUUAUGAUAUGGAGAAAAUAACACAAAUACGCACAUACAAAUGAUGAAAUGUGUAGGGUUUAUAUAUGUUUAAAUGAGAGAUAAUCGCUUGAGAUGUGAAAAUAAUGAUAUUGGUAAUAUUGUAUUGUUUAAAUGAUUUUAUGAUAUGGAGAAAACAUUGAUUGGCAUACAUAUUAAUUAUGAUAAUGGCUAGGGUUUUUAUGUGUGAACAAAUGAGAAAGAAAGAUGAGAAUGAUUAUGAUACAGCAUUGUUU